CGGCAACUGUCAAAGUGAUGACAAGUUAAAGCCUCGACUCGUUCAUUUUGUUCAAAACGUCCUUCCGGAUCGGUACCUCUUUCGUUCAAGCAGAGCGUGUUUUUAGUGUUAUUUAGUGCAAAAUCAUUCUCCAUCUUCCAAUAUGAGAAUUUAUAAGGAUAUUUUCACUGGUGACGAAAUCUUCGCCGACACAUACAAGAUGAAACUCGUCGAUGAGGUCAUCUAUGAAGUGUACGGUAAAUUAGUGACCCGUUCAGAUGGUGAUAUCGUUCUCGCGGGUUCCAAUCCAUCUGCUGAAGAGGCCGAUGAAGGUACUGAUGCCAAUGUUGAAACUGGUGUCGAUGUCGUAUUGAACCAUCGUUUGCAGGAAUGUUUCGCCUUUGGUGAUAAAAAAUCGUACACUGCAUAUCUUAAGGAUUACAUGAAGAAAUUGAUCGCCGAAUUGGAAAAGCGUGCCCCCGAUCAAGUUGAAGUGUUCAAGACCAACAUCAACAAACAAAUGAAGGAAAUUUUGGGCCGAUUCAAAGAUUUGCAAUUCUUUACCGGUGAAUCAAUGGACGUUGAUGGUAUGGUUGGCAUUUGCGAAUACCGUGACAUCGACGGUGUAUCAACGCCAGUGUUUAUGUUCUUCAAACACGGUCUCGAUGAAGAGAAAGUAUAAAAUCGCAAAUUCUCAACAGCAACAACAACCACAGAAACAACUAAACAGCAACCAAUAACAUCCGGAAAUUUCAUACUCCAAUAAAAAGAUACAAAAAACACAAACAACACAAAAAAAUCCAUGGUUUUUUUUUUCAAUUGGCAAAUUAUCCUAUUUUCAUGAGGAAAAGUAUUGAUGUCUUUUUUUUCAUUUGUCUUGGGUUCAGUUUUUAUUGAUUUUUUUUUUGGAAGGUGGAGAACAACAACGAGUUUUGCGCUACAAACGAAACAAAAAGAAAAUACUGAGAUUAUAUCGAACUAAAUAAAAAGAAUCUAUGAAAAUCCGAACGAAAA